AUGGCCACCAGAGGGAGCAGAUCGGAGAAGGUGAAGAGGAUUUUCCAGCAGUUCGACCUCAACAGCAACGGCGGGCUCAACAGGGAGGAAAUGUCGGCCCUGGUGGUGGCCGUUAACCCCCGGGUGAAAUUCAGCGAGGAGCAAAUCAAUGCCAUCCUCGACGAGGUGUUUCGGACGUACGGCGAGUUCAUCGACGGGGACAAAGGUUUGACAUACGAGGGGCUUUUGCGGACCUACGACGACGGUGCCGGCGACGUCGACCGUGACUUCGACGCGCUGGAGCUGGAGCUCAAUUUGGACGAUAACAACAACGACAACAACAAAGGGAUCUCGGAAGCGGCGGAGGCGUCGUCGUCGAUUGCCGACGAGAGAGUAAUUGAGGCGCAGAAGAAGCAGCGGACUGCGGCGUGGGCUGUCUCUCCUAACCACGGUAUUGUGUUCGACGAUACUUGGAAGAUUGUCGAUGAUUUGGAGAUUUUGAUCAAGAGGUUGAAAGCCAAGCAGGCUAAAGACGGGAAAUUGAAGGGGGAUAACGUUGAUAGUUACUCCGACGACGGUUGGUCGAGGGAAUUGGGUCCCUCAUCGGAGAUCUCUGAUAAGAGAAUAAUCUGGGAAGAGGCGGGGCAUGAUUAUGCAUCCUUCGUGAAGGAAUUGGGAGCUUUGAGGACUAGAGCUGAUGGGGCUAGAUCCAGAGAAGAAGCAUUUGAUGGUCAUAUGGCAAUCGGGGUGAACAGAACGUUCUCUGGAGUUAGGAAAUCGUACAUCGAGGCUUCGAACCUCACGAAGAGCUACCUGCAACUAUCAAGUUGUCGUGGGUCAGCACGGCGCCCUUGCUGGCGCCACUGGUUCCGGAAGAUAUUGAUGGAGGAGGAAGAACCGGCGACGACGGAUUUUGUAAAGGGAGAGACAGAAGGGAGCUGGUAG